UCUUGCACCGAACCCACGUCUAGAUUGUUCCCCACCAAAACCCUAGAAUCCCCUAAUCCAAUCCCCACCGGUUCCCCACGUCUGCCGAUGGGGCUCUUCUCGUGGUGGAGGGGCUCCCGCCGCGGCUCGCCGGAGCAGGCCCCGAGCCAGCAGGCCGCGAAGGGAGCGGGAGGCGCGCAGGCCCAGGUGGCCGUCCCCGGCACCCAUGGGGCGGUGGAGGUGCUGCGGCAGCGGCAGCCGGACGCGACGGUCUUCGAGUUCGGGUCGGCGGCGGAGUCGGGCACCGCCGUCACGCUCGCCGGCUACUGCCCCGUCUCCGACGAGCUCGAGCCGUGCCGCUGGGAGCUGGUGCCCGCCACCGGCGAGGGCGCCCCGCAGUUCCGCAUCGUGUUCUGAGCACGAGGAGAUAAGCACCCCCUAUGCUGCCGUCGCGCUAUCUAUCUUGGGUGUUGCGAGGUUUCUUGGGUACAAAGGUGUGAUCUUUGGCUGUAUACUGGUGCUUGUGCAUUUCCCGAAAUAAAGCUUGAGAUAUUGAUGA